GGUGCGAUGGUUAUUUAGAGCCGCAAGUUGAGCGAACGGCCUCUCGAGUAUUUCGUCGCAGCAACUCAUAACGACGCAGUUAACGCUGUCGUUAACGUCUCUCGACCAGUGCUAACUAUUUUUCGGCGUUUACGUGGGCCUAGCGUCGCCAAUAUGUAGCUUCUACCGCUCGCUGAUCACUUCGCCCACUCUCCGCUCGCUGCUGUUGUGGCCGUGUCCAUCCGAAGCAGAAAACUGGUCGGUGGAGUGAAACAAGAGGCGAUGAUCCGUUUGUUGAUAUCAUAGCCGCGCGUCAGAGCGCUUCUCCACGCACGCCUGCGGUAAUUGUCAAAGUGAAAUGAUUGUUUCUCGACGGAGGUAACGACCGUACGCAUCGCGAUGUUCAAUAGGAAAGGCCUAUUUUGGAAAAGCGAAGGAUUCCACUAUGGGUACUCGACACCGUACCAGCUAUUUGACGCCGCUAAAGGCAGCUUGUCCUUCGUACAAAAACUGCGCCUUGAAGUCAAACUUCCUGUGCACAACGGCUGUGUGAACACCAUAUGCUGGAACGAUGCGGGCACAUAUCUGCUGUCUGGCUCUGACGAUCAGCAUCUCUGCAUCACGAAUGCACACACACAUGUGAUCCUGGCACAGAUUAGAACUGGCCACACAGCAAACAUCUUCAGUGCCAAGUUCCUUCCAAGCUCUGGAGAUCGUCUGGUGGUUUCCUGCUCGGGAGAUGGCGCCAUACUUUUCUCAGAUGUGGAGCGUCCCGAGACGAGCCUGCGAAACCUGUUCAACUGCCAUUUUGGCACAGCGUACGAGAUUGCCACGGUUCCAAAUGACCCACACAGCUUCCUCUCGUGCGGUGAAGAUGGCACGGUGCGAUGGUUCGACCUGCGCACCAAGACCAGCUGCUCCGCUGACGACUGUUCUGAGGAUGUCCUGAUAAACUGCCAUCGCGCCAUCACUUCAAUAGCCGUGAAUCCACUGACCCCAUACUACUUAGCUGUUGGGUGCUCAGAUUCGGCUGUCAGGGUCUUUGAUCGGCGCAUGUUGGGGACACGAGCAACUGGUAACUUCAUGAGCAACAGCAUGGAUGCCAUGACAUCACGGCUGACUGUUCCCGAGUUUGAGGGCCGAAGUCACCGAAUCACUUCACUGACAUAUAGUGCCAAUGGGCAAGAGAUGCUGGUCAGCUACUCAUCAGACUACAUCUACCUGUUUGAUGCAGUGGGAAGCGUGCAAGAGGAACCAAAGUCAUACAGUGCAGAUGGAAGGAACUGCAGUGCCUCAGAGGCCAAGCAGAAGGAAUGUCACGUCUCGAUGAAGCGUCUUCGGGUUCGUGGAGACUGGUCAGACACUGGACCCAAUGCUAGGCCCGAGUGUGAAAUGAGGGCACUCGGCGAACAACAGCCACGCUCGCUGCAUGCGAGCUUGAUGCAGCGCAUGUCUGACGUCCUGACGCGCAUGUUCAACUCAUCCACCGGAGCCGGCAGAGCAGCAGGCGCACCGAACAGGCCUCACGCGGGCACCUUUCUCGCUUCAUCACUCUCAUCUUCAUCUUCAGCAUCACCUGGGCAUAGUGGAGGCGACAGCUCCACUGACGAAGACAUUGAAGCCACAGUGGCUAGGCAUUCGCGAAGCGUGAGACUUGCCCGAGCCAUCAGGCAACGUGUCCGGGAGAAAAUGGCAAGCAGAGCUGCUCAGCGAGAAAAUGCAGAGAGAGAACAAGAAGCUGCGACGCAGGGCUCAUCGUCGAAUGUGGUGGCACUGGAUUUGUCUCAGCCAAGUGCGAGCACCUCUGGUCAGGCGUCAUCUGACAACACGAAGCAACCAAAGCAACUUGGAGAUGCUUGCCCAGCAUGCAGCAGUGGCAGUGUCAGGCAGGACAGCUCAAAGAGUGCCUCACAGCCAGUCCUAGCGGCAGGGCUUCGGCGCUCGCCAAACCAGUCUGACGAUGACGACGAUGCUGCGUUCCAGGACUCGGUGGAGAGCAUCUCUGAGAACGAGUGCUUCCAGUCAGCAGCGGAGAACAUAUCUCCGGCUGGGGAGAAUGGAAAAGACUGUGCACUGUUGGAUGAUCUCUCGUCUCCGUCCAGAGACAGAGGAGCUACAUCAGCAGCGGUGAGGGAUGCCAGUGCUGAUAACACGAGUGAAGAUGAAAAUACAAACCUGAAUGAUGAUUCUGCCUUUCAUUGGAGGAGACAAUCUGCAACGCCACCACGAGCACCUUCGGAGGCUAGUCCACAGCCAACAGGCAACAGCACUUCGCCUGCGAGCAGCAGAGCGCAUUCCGUGUCCAGGCAGCCAACAAUGCCAGACUCGGACAGUGUUUUACGUGCUAUGGCUGAAGAUUUGCAUCUUGAAAAAGAGUGCGUGGAGGAGCCGUCUUUCACGAGAACUGUGACUGGCCCUCGUGCACGGAAGCGUUACACUGGGCACCGCAACUCCAGGACAAUGAUCAAAGAGGCCACCUUCUGGGGCAACGAGUUUGUGAUGAGCGGUUCUGACUGUGGGCACAUCUUUAUCUGGCACAAGGAAACCUGCGAGCUGGUCAUGAUCAUGGAGGCAGACCACCAUGUUGUGAAUUGCUUGCAGCCACACCCUUUCGACCCUGUUUUGGCGUCAAGUGGGAUAGACUAUGACAUCAAAAUAUGGGCUCCUCUUCGGGAAGAACCGUUCUUCGAUGCUGAAAAGGCUGCAGAGAUGAUCAAACGCAAUGAGGUGAUGCUGGAAGAGACCAAGGACACAAUUACUGUGCCAGCUUCCUUCAUGAUUCGUAUGCUUGCAUCACUAAACCAUCUGCGAUCUUCAGGUUCUGGAAUUCAGGGCUGGCGGCGGCUGGUGCGAGACGCUCGGACAGACGACUCUGACAGCAGCAACCACUGAUGAAAUCUCACUUUUUCGACUCUAAUUUCCAAAGCUUAUCUUUAUUACCUAGUCUACCGCCCAGACAGAUUUAUUUUCAUGUGUGCGAGUGUUUCAAUCAUGCCAUGCUUAAUUUCCCAGUGUUUCAUGCAGCAGCAUAUAGUAUUUUUUUUCUCAUUGCUGCAGUCCUAUACUAUUUAUUGGAAGUGGUUCCUGCCAGGUCGCCACUGUUGAAUGUGCAAAUAAGAUGUCCAUAGAAAGCUGUAGAAUGGUCAACGUCACCAAGGUUUUAAGCGCAUGAAUAAAUUG